UAAGAUUACAAAAUGCACACAUUUUGUGAUUUGAAAUGGUGAGCGUGGAAUAGGAAUCCUUUGAACUUUGACUACUCCACCCUAAGUCUCUGUACCCAUUUGUGUCACUCCGUAUUUUUGUUGCGAAAAACACGUGAGAGAGAGAGAGAGAGCAGUUCGCCAGAGCCGGCCGGCGGGAACCAUGACAGCUUCUUCACCGCCGCAUCCGCCGCCGCCACCUCCAGAUCUGCAAGAGCUGCCAAUAACUCUCCCCGCCGCCGGCCCUCCGAGCAGAAAGAACAACAAACUCACUCUGGUCCCACUCAUCUUCCUCAUCUACUUCGAGGUCGCCGGCGGCCCCUUCGGAGAGGAACCCGCGGUCCAAGCCGCCGGCCCUCUGCUCGCCAUCAUCGGAUUCCUCAUCUUCCCGUUCAUCUGGAGCAUCCCGGAGGCCCUGAUCACCGCCGAGCUCUCCACCGCGUUCCCCGGCAACGGCGGAUUCGUGAUCUGGGCCGACCAGGCCUUCGGCCCCUUCUUCGGAUCUCUCAUGGGAUCUCUCAAAUUCCUCAGCGGCGUCAUCAACAUCGCCUCCUUCCCCGCCCUAGGCAUCGACUACCUGAAACGAAUUUUCCCGGUGUUCUCCUCCGGACCGCCCCGACACGCCGCCGUGCUCGGAUCCACCCUCCUCCUCUCCUUCCUCAACUACACCGGUCUAUCCAUCGUCGGCUGGACCGCCGUCUUCCUCGGCGUCAUCUCCCUCCUCCCCUUCCUCCUCUUAUCCCUCAUCGCGAUCCCCAAAAUCCGCCCUCACCGUUGGGGCAGUUUGGGGCAAAAGGGUCUGAAGAAAGAUUGGAACCUAUUCUUCAACACCCUCUUCUGGAACCUCAAUUUCUGGGACAACGUCAGCACAAUGGCCGGCGAGGUGGAGAGUCCCCGGAAAACUUUCCCCGCCGCCCUGUCAGCGUCCGUGGUCCUCACCUGUCUGGGCUACAUCCUCCCACUCCUGGCGGUCACCGGGUCGGUCUCGGUCGACCAGAGGGAGUGGGAGUCGGGCUUCAUGGCCACGGCCGCGGGCAUGAUCGCGGGCGACUGGCUCAAGUUCUGGGUCGAGACGGGCGCGGUCCUGUCCGCGGUCGGGCUCUUCGAAGCCCAGACGAGCAGCUGCGCGUUCCAGCUGCUGGGCCAGGCGGAACGCGCAUUCCUGCCGGAGAUCUUCCUGAGGCGCUCCGAGGCGUUCGGCACGCCGUGGGCCGGGAUCCUGCUGACGUCAGCGAUCGCGCUGGCGGCGUCGAACAUGGACUUCGAUGACAUCAUCUCGUGCGCCAACUUCCUGUACAGCCUGGGGAUGCUGCUGGAGUUCGCGGCGUUUGUGUGGCUGAGGAGGGCGGCACCGGAGGUGGAGAGGCCGUACAGGGUGCCGCUGGGGGUGCCCGGUUUGGUGGCCAUGUGUUUGGUCCCGUCGGUUUUCUUGGUGUACAUUAUGGUCAUUGCCACCAAAUUGGUGUUCCUGGUGAGCGGGCUGAUGACGGCUGGAGGGGUAGGAUGGUACUUUCUCAUGAAACUUUGCAAGGAGAAGAAAUGGCUGAAGUUCAGCAAUGGGUGUGGUGAGAACACCAUUUAUGUACAAUGAUGGCAGGUUAACGUUUUCGAUUAACGUUUUGAAUAAUUUUUUAAUGGUGUGGAUUAAUUUUAAAAACGUUAAAGUUAAAUUCUGCCGUUAAAUAAUUUUUUAAAGUGAUGGAAAAUUAGAUGUUUGAGUAGGAAAUCUGUUUUUCUUGUCUUUAUUUUAUUUUACAAAAGUAUAAAUUUGUCAAUGUUGUUGUCAUUGAGAUUCUUUGGAAUCAGAAUAUAUUAUGUGUGGCUAU